AUGUCACGAACUGUCUUUGUCAAAGGUACUGCGGUGCGGCCAGUCGUUCAGGUCAGUGAUCUUUUGGUCUUGAUAACCCCAGUCAAGCUUCUAACAAACAGCAGGUGGAGGAACAUUGACAAUAUCUGGUCCAUCGGAAUCAAAGGUCGGAUUCUUUUUCUUAAGCAAGAUGACUCUCAUCUAUAUUAUAGUAGCUCAAAUAGUUCUAUUUCACAGUCUCUUUCCACAGGCGAUCUUGUUAGCGACUAUUUCAAUCUGAAAGUCUCUGUGGCUGAUCUCUAUAAGCAAUGGUCUUCUAAAGACCCGCACUUUCUCAAAAUGACCACUCCAAUAAAGGAAGAAAUACCCAUGCUAACUUCAACAGCCUCUCCCUCGUUAUCUGGUAUAAGAAUGCUUCGACAAGAUCCUUGGGAAUGUUUAUGUUGCUUUAUUUGCAGCUCUAAUAACAACAUCAAGCGCAUUUCCCAAAUGGUAGAAAAUCUGUGUCGCCAUUUUGGUGACCACUUGGGAACCCACGCUGGAAUCGAUUAUUACGAUUUCCCCACCCCAGAAAGUCUAGCUCCCAAGGAUGUUGAGCAAAAACUCCGUGAUCUUGGGUUUGGGUAUCGGGCAAAGUACAUUCAACAAACGGCAGAAAAGCUGGCCAAAUCUGAUAUCAACACGCUAUUGUCACCUCUGGAUGACGACAGCAGCGCUCAGACUAAGGUUAUUCUGUCUGGCACUGAGUACCUUCAUGCCCUGAGACUAGCUCCUUAUAAACGCGCGCAUUCUGCACUUCUCCAGUUCACAGGGGUCGGACCUAAAGUGGCAGACUGUGUUUGCUUGAUGAGUCUUGAUAAACACGAUUGUAUUCCAGUCGACACACAUGUCUGGCAAAUAGCAAAACGUGAUUACAAUUUCAAGACGAAAAAAACAAGUGGUGAUAAAGCAACUGCACUAACAAAAGCUGAGUACGAAGAAAUUGGGAUAUUUUUCAAGAGCCUUUGGGGAGAGUUUGCAGGCUGGGCUCAUUCGGUGCUCUUUACUGCAGAUCUCAAGGAUCUUAAUAAUGGCAUCAACGGUGUUGAAGAAGCCACAGCAGGCAAAGCUACCAAACGUAAACGUACAAAAACAGAAACUAUUCAAAAUCCUAGAAAACUUAAAGUUGAAAAGCACAUAGAAGAUACCCUGGUUGAUGAGCCCAAAGUCUCUUCGAGCACUCGUGAGCAGCGACUUCUCAAUCGGCGCAAAAACCUAUACAUAGAUCUAAACCCCUAA